AUGGAGGGGAAGAAAACAUUGCGGAGUAUGAGGAUACCCAUCAUAAUAAGCUCAAAUGUGCGAUUAGUUAUGUGCAAAAUGAAUGAUAUUGAAAGCGAAAUUCGCGGUCGUGAAUACUCAAAGCUUGGCGUAAUUAUGCUUCGAGAGACGUGGCUACAUGAAGAUGUUGACGAUAAGGUUGUGGCGAUCGAGAGAUCCACUUGCAAUCGUUUCGACCUGUCAAUUACAUACAAGAGCCGCAGCGGAGGUGUUAUCAAGUAUGUCAAUGCGGUGUGGUGCAUGUCCAAAAAACGUUGGUUUUGCUUUCUUCGCCACGUAUUAAAU